GCAUUCCUACCCCGCCUCUUUACAACGUGCUGUUGCUGUCACACCUGAGUCCUGACCCUAGGGGAGAUGGCGGCGGCGGCGGCCGGGCUCGGGCUGCGUCGGGUGUCGGUGCUCGCCUCCAGACCGGGGCAGCUGCGGGCCGGCAUAGGGGGCCGGCUGCUCCCCUUGGCCGCCGGGCCGCGGCGACACGCGGCGCAUUUCACGUUCCAGCCUGACACGGAGCCCAGCGCGCACGGGCAAACCCAGAAAAUGAAUCUUUUCCAGUCCAUAACUAGUGCCUUGGAUAAUACCUUGUCCAGAGAUCCAACUGCAGUAAUAUUUGGUGAAGAUGUAGCCUUUGGUGGAGUCUUCAGGUGCACUGUUGGGUUGCGAGACAAAUAUGGUAAAGACAGAGUUUUCAAUACCCCUUUGUGUGAGCAAGGAAUUGUUGGAUUUGGUAUUGGAGUUGCAGUUGCUGGAGCUACAGCAAUUGCAGAAAUUCAAUUUGCAGACUACAUUUUUCCAGCAUUUGAUCAGAUUGUUAAUGAAGCGGCAAAAUAUCGGUAUCGCUCUGGAGAUCUUUUUAAUUGUGGAAGUCUCACUAUAAGAGCACCAUGGGGUUGCGUAGGUCAUGGUGCACUAUAUCAUUCUCAAAGUCCAGAAGCAUUUUUUGCUCAUUGUCCAGGAAUAAAGGUUGUUAUUCCAAGAAGUCCUCUUCAGGCCAAAGGACUACUACUAUCGUGCAUAGAAGAUAAAAACCCCUGCAUAUUCUUUGAACCUAAAAUACUUUACAGAGCAGCAGUGGAACAAGUUCCUGUGGAACCAUACUACAUACCACUGUCUCAAGCUGAGGUACUGCAGGAGGGAAGUGAUGUUACGCUGGUUGCCUGGGGGACUCAGGUGCAUGUUAUUCGAGAGGUGGCAACCAUGGCUCAGGAAAAGCUAGGUGUGUCCUGCGAAGUAAUUGAUCUGAAGACCAUUUUACCUUGGGAUACAGAGGCUGUUUGCAAGAGUUGCCAGCAGAAGGGUUAUGGAUAAACAAACAUAUUGGAGGUGUUUUUGAAAACAGAUUCUGCUUGGAUGGGGUGGAAGAGGCACUUAAAGAAGGUUCUCAAUAUCUGUAACCUCACUCCCGCACUCGUGGCACCUGGCCACUUGCCAGAAAGUAGCUGGCAAAGAGAUUGGUACUUCUGUAUAUUCUGAGGGAAGCUAGAAUUAAAUAUGAGGCCUUAAACUUCAGAGGGGGUGAGAAUUCAAAACAUUCAGUUGAAGUUAGAAAAUUUCAAAUGUGUUUAUGGCGUUUUGAGAAAGGCUAAAGCUUUAAUAUGAUUAGAAAUUAAAUAUAGUGAAACUUGAGUAAAACACUGUGCCCCUUCUGGCAAAUAUAUUACAUAGAGUGUAUACUUGUGGGUCAAUUUAGAAAUAAUAAAGAAAUUUGAACUUCUCAUCUCCAUUCUAAAAUCUUUUCCUACAAGGAAAAGUACAAUUUCUUGUUACAUUUUUAGAUUUUUGGGACAAUGAGAGUAAUCUUCACGGUUUUGAGAAAAAAAAAAAAAAGUGUCACAUUAAAGUAUUCAGGUUUUUGUAUUUCCUCAUUUGACAUGGACGAUCCAGGCUUGUCAAAGGUGAUUAAUUUAAUUAAAAACAGAGUUUGAAAAGCUGGGAUGUGACAUAGCAUAGGCCCUUGCCAAUAUGAAAGUAAGAGAGUGAUUACGGUGGAGAUGAAUUUUUUUUCUUCUUAGCAAUGCCUGGCAAUUCUUUACAUCCCAAGCAAAGAAACCAAAUUCCAUUAUUUGUAAUGAAUGGGAAAAUCUAACUCUGAGGUUAUUUCAGAAUGUAAUUAUUCCAGACUUCUAAGUUUUUCCUGGUUUUCAGAUUCUUCUUAUUUUUCCUCCCUCAACUCCUAUAUUAACAUAGCCAAUGUAUAGAUUUUUUUUUCCGGUAAACCUUUAUGCCUUAAAGUUUGCAAUUCAUAUUAAGUCUUGAUACUCACCGUUUGUUUCCUCUCUUUUUGUAUGUACUUUGUGGGGAGAAUAGACUUUUUUUUUUUAUUGUGGUUAUGAACAUUCUAGACUAUAGUACCUUACCAGCUCCCCUGCUGCAAAGUGGAGCCCCUGCUGCCAUGCCGCCCAAGGCUACUAAGUCUGUUUAAAAAUUGGGUGGGCCUGGGUCUCUCACUUUUAAAAGUGGGGGCGGGGGCAUGAUACCCUUGACACCCCUGGUUCAGGUCCCCCUGGAUUUCCAGAGUGUAGGGGGCCCAAAUAUUCUUUGUGCCUAGGACCCAGUAAACCUUAAUCCACCUCUGCCUCCACCAGCUUGAACACCAACUGAACACCACCUGGGAGGUGAGACUUGUCCCCUCCCCACUGUGUUCUUUUCCUUCCUUACCUUAUUUCUUUUCUUUCCUAUUCUCCUUUUUCCUUCUGUCUAAUCUGAGUUGGGCUUAGCCAGCUAAGACUGCAUAUUUUGAAACACUGCUGUAAGCCUGUGACCAGAAAGGUAGCUAAAAGCAAUGCCCUCAGCCCGAGGCUGGUACAAAUUUGCCAGGUCUCCGAGUGGCUGAUGAGACCAUGUGCUGUGCCUGUGUUUUUCCAGCAGUGUGGUUGAAAGUAGGGUGACCAGAUGUCCUGAUUUUAUAGGGACAGUCCCGAUUUUUGGGUCUUUUUCUUAUAUAGGCUCCUAUUACAACCCCCCCCCCCAACCCCCCCAAUCCCGAUUUUUCACAUUGGCUGUCUGGUCACCCUAGUUGAAAGUGUGAGUCAAUGCCAGAGGCAGAAGCUGCAUUUUCUAUCUUUGCUCUUCUUUUCUAACCCCUUUUGUGUGUGUUUAUCUUGCUUUGUCUUCUAGGACCUGGGACUGGGCUUUAACAACAAUAACAGUAGCAGUUCCAGCCCAUGUGAACUAAUAUCUUCUCUAUCCCCACAAAGGACAGUUGUGGCAUCUUUAAUACCAUUUAAGGUUCCCUCUCCCCCCCUCCCCUUCCAAGACCCUUUCUAGAUAAAGGGAAGAAUAGAUGUUAAAAUGACAGCUUAACUUCAUGCUUUACAUUUCAAAUGCAUUAAUUGCUUUUCCUCCUUUUCUGUAUCUUUAAUAAAAGGUUUAAAAGGAUGUUUAAUGGUGUGUUUGCCAUAGUACUAAGCAACCUGAGGUCUCUCUAUGCCAAACUCCAAACCUUGUUAACACUCUUUGAUGUGGGGAAAUUACAGGGUUAUGUUAACACCUUUGACUCUUUGGGUCCAUUUAUUUCAUCUAAAUUAACACAACAGGCUGUUAAGUGCUAGGGUCAUGCAAAUAUGCAUAUUGUUAUUUAUUAUUUGUAAGUUAAUGUGAAUGCUUGUGGUAGCAGGCUCUAUACCCAGUAGUGCCUAGAAUUGUUCCCAUUUUCCUAAGGAUCCAAAUGUGACCAUUCUUGUGGAAAC